CAGCGCGACGACAUAUUGGUGUUAGAGAAGAAGAGGAAAUGGCUGCAAGGUUACUGCUCCGCUCGGCUUUCAGAGUCACGAUGGCCAGCCGGAGCCGGACUGCCCGAGUCCCUGCUUUGACUCGCGGCAUGGCGGCUGGAGGGAUGCCCACUGAUGAGGAGCAGGCAACUGGGCUGGAGAGAAUCAUUAUGGACGCCAUGAAGGAGGGAAAGGAUCCCUACAACAUGAUGAAGCCAAAGUCAUACAGUGGUACCAAGGAGGAUCCCAACAUUGUUCCUUCCAUCACAAACAAGAGGAUUGUGGGAUGCAUCUGUGAAGAGGACAACACAUCAGUGGUUUGGUUCUGGAUUCAUGAGGGCCCGGCCCACCGCUGCCCAUCCUGUGGUUCCUAUUACCAGCUUGUGCACCAGGAGAUCCCCCACUAACUUCCUGUUGGUCAUUUAUAGACCCCAAUUACAUGGCUGUCUGCACAGCAUGAGCAUUUCUCUAAAAUAUUCCAUCAGAACGAGGUGAAGAAGAAUCAGACACUAACUGUUUUACAUCUCCAGGUAGUUUAUGUAGAGAAGAUUCCUGGUCUUAAUUCAGGAGUCUGUCUGAUUGCUCUUUAACUCGUUCUGUCUCAAUACUUGAUCCACUUGCUAAAACCUCAGUUUUUUCUUUACAUGUUACAUUCACAGUUGUAUCAGAUGUGGUUUGGGACACAACUGUAUCUUUGAACAUUUCCAUUCCUGCAGUUUACAUUGAACUAAUAAAGUCCUCCAUAAGUUA